AUGAAGGGGUCUUUGGGUAUCAUUGUGGUACUAUUCUCCUUGUUGUCUGUGGAAGGGAAAAGUGUUAAUAAAAAAACUGAUGCGCCAAAGUUAGAGUCUCUCCCAAAAUGUGACUGCGGAAAGGAAAUAUCCGGAAAACUUCAUGGAAAAAUCCUUAGUCCAAACUUCCCGCUCACCUACCCGACUGACACGCUAUGCACAUGGAAAAUUACAGUGCCCGAAGGAUAUGCAGUUAGUUUGGACUUUAAAGUGGUAGAAAUAGAGAGGGACUACGACAUGCUAUAUAUAUACGACACAACCACUGGGGAUCACAUUGGCAGAUUGACGGGUCAUCAGAAUGGCUAUCAGCUGAACUCAACGUCAAAUAAAGUGACCAUCUUCUUCUCCUCCGACCAAUACAGGGGUGGCCCAGGAUUCAAAAUAGUCUUUAAAGCAAUAAAUCUUCACCCAGUCGUAUGCGGAGGGACUAUUAAUGGAAAAACAAGUGGAGAGAUAGUCAGCCCGAAUUUCCCCAACAACUAUCCGCUAGGAAUCACAUGUACCUGGAAAAUAGUGGUCACAGAAGGUUCAGUCGUCAAACUCUAUUUCCAGACCGUAGAAACGGAAAAAACAUACGACACGAUUACGAUUACCGACUCUUACACCAACGAGUUUAUUGACAAAAUAUCUGGUAGUAAGAAAGGUUAUACCGUCACGUCUACUGGAAACAGAGUUACCGUUCUUUUCACUGCUGAUGAGAAUGAUUCAGAACAAGGGUUUAAACUGUUAUUUAGCACCAUUACACCACCAACGCCACCGACCACCGUUAUUCCACCCGUAGUGUGUGGCGGUAAAAUAACUGGAAAAGACAAGGGGAGAAUUACGAGCCCGUUGUAUCCUAAAUCCUAUCCCAUCGAUGUGGCCUGUACAUGGGAGCUGACAGUGUCCGAAGGCAAACUUAUCAGGGUAUAUUCGACGUUCAUGUCGACAGAGGCCGGUUCAGAUAUCAUCACAUUCCUUGACCCAUUGUCAGGUUCCUAUAUAACCAGUGUGAGCGGAGACAAAAGCGAUUUUUCGACCGUUUCUAUCGACAAUACUUUAACUAUCGUGUUCCUUUCGGACGCAGAAAUAACGGGAGAUGGCUUUAUCUUGAAUUUUGAGGCCUUUACCCCACCAACAGAACCACCUACCACCUUGGAAGACGUUUGCGGAGGAGAAAUUACCGGACAAAGCCGAGGAAACAUUCAUAGUCCAAGAUUUCCGUCGGAAUAUCCAUUGGAUAUAAACUGCACUUGGGUUAUUACGGUCCCGGAAGGAAAAUACAUGAGACUGGCUUUCCCAAUUCUUCGAACCGAAGAGAAUCACGAUCUUAUUGUACUUAAAACAGACGAUUACCUUGACGAGGUAAGUGGACAUGAAGAUGGAUUAGUGUUGUUACCAGAAAGCAACAAAGUCACGAUCUUUUUUACAUCCGACUCAGAAAGACCAGACACUGGAUUUAACAUGACAUUUGAAGCUGUGGAAAUAAAACAAGUAACGUCCGAAAAAAUCGUGCACACAGGAUCAGUAGUAAAAGUCCAAGAAACCCAUACAUCACACACCUAUAAAAUUGAAGGCAAAGGUCCCGCUCAAAAGGUCCAAGAAAUUGAAUCUUUUCAAGGCAAACCUGUAGAAAAAGUUCAAGAAACUCAUUCAUCACACACUUAUAAAAUUGAAGGCAAAGGUCCUUCCGAAAAGGUCCAAGAAAUUGAAUCAUUACAAGGUCAAAAGAAACCUCAAGAAAAUAAAGGCGACGAAACUGUUGAAAAUAUUCAAGAAAAUAAAUCAUCAGAAGGUCAAGUAAAACCUGCAGAUGUUGACGAAGGAUCCGAUAACAAUGUCCAAGAAUCCAAUUCAGCGGAAAAUCAAGAGAAAACUCAAGAAACCGAAGGUAAAGCACCUGUCGAAAAUGUCCAGGAAACUCAGUCAUCACAAAGUCAAGAGGAAGCCUCAAAAAUCCAAGGCGAAACACCUGUCGAAAAUGAAUCAGAAAGUCAAAAGAAACCCCUAAAUUUGUUAGGACCCAAUGAACCCUCACAUGAUGUUCAAGAAAAUAAACAAUCAGAGAGUCAAGAAAAUACCCCAAAAAUUGAAGGCGAAGGAUCUGACGAAAAUGUUCAAGAAAAUGAACCAUCAGAGAGUCAAAAAGGAUCUCAAGAAAAGGAAGGCGAAGGAUCUGAAGAAAAUGUUCAAGAAAAUGAACCAUCAGAGACUCAAGAAGGAUCCCAAGAAAAGGAAGGCGAAGAACCUGAGGAAAAUGUUCAAGAAAUUGAACCAUCAGAGAGUCAAGAAGAAACCCAAGAAAUGGAAGGCGAAGGAUCGGACGAAAAUGGUCAAGAAAAUGAAUCAUCAGAAAGUCAAGUUAAACCUAUAGAUAUGGCAAGCGAAGCAUCCUCAGAUGAUGUUCAAGAAAAUGAACCAUCAGAGAGUCAAGAAGGAUCCCAAGAGAAGGAAGGCGAAGAAUCUGAAGAAAAUGUUCAAGAAAAUGAACCAUCAGAGACUCAAGAAGGAUCCCAAGAAAAGGAAGGCGAAGAACCUGAGGAAAAUGUUCAAGAAAAUGAACCAUCAGAGAGUCAAGAAGGAUCCCAAGAAAAGGAAGGAGAAGGAUCUGAAGAAAAUGGUCAAGAAAAUGAACCAUCAGAGAGUCAAGAAGGACAGCAAGAAAUGGAAGGUGAAGAACCUGAAGAAAAUGUUCAAGAGAAUGAACCAUUAGAUAGUCAAAAAGGAUCCCAAGAAAAGGAAGGCGAAGGAACUGAAGAAAAUGUUCAAGAAAAUGAACCAUCAGAGACUCAAGAAGGAUCCCAAGAAAAGGAAGGCGAAGAACCUGAAGAAAAUGUUCCAGAAAAUGAACCAUCAGAGAGUCAAGAAGAAACCCAAGAAAUGGAAGGCGAAGGAUCGGACGAAAAUGGUCAAGAAAAUGAAUCAUCAGAAAGUCAAGUUAAACCCAUAGAUAUGGCAAGCGAAGCAUCCUCAGAUGAUGUUCAAGAAAAUGAACCAUCAGAGAGUCAAGAAGAAACCCAAGAGAUGGAAGGCGAUGGAUCUGACGAAAAAAGUCAAGAAAAAGAACAAUCAGAGAGUCAAGAAGGACCGCAAGAAAUAGAAAGCGAAGAACCUGAAGAAAAUGUUGAAGAAAAUGAACCAUCAGAGAGUAAGGAAGGACCCCAAGAAAUGGAAGGCGAAGGAUUGGACGAAAAUGGUCAAGAAAAUGAACCAUCAGAGAGUCAAGAAGGACAGCAAGAAAUGGAAGGUGAAGAAUCUGAAGAAAAUGUUCAAGAGAAUGAACCAUUAGAUAGUCAAAAAGGAUCCCAAGAAAAGGAAGGCGAAGAAUCUGAAGAAAAUGUUCAAGAAAAUGAACCAUCAGAGAGUCAAAAAGGAUCCCAAGAAAAGGAAGACGAAGGAUCUGAAGAAAAUGUUCCAGAAAAUGAACCAUCAGAGAGUAAGGAAGAACCCCAAGAAAUGGAAGGCGAAGGAUCGGACGAAAAUGGUCAAGAAAAUGAACCAUCAGAGAGUCAAGAAGGACAGCAAGAAAUGGAAGGUGAAGAACCUGAAGAAAAUGUUCAAGAGAAUGAACCAUUAGAUAGUCAAAAAGGAUCCCAAGAAAAGGAAGGAGAAGGAUCUGAAGAAAAUGUUCAAGAAAAUGAACCAUCAGAGACUCAAGAAGGAUCCCAAGAAAAGGAAGACGAAGGAUCUGAAGAAAAUGUUCCAGAAAAUGAACCAUCAGAGAGUAAGGAAGAACCCCAAGAAAUGGAAGGCGAAGGAUCGGACGAAAAUGGUCAAGAAAAUGAACCAUCAGAGAGUCAAGAAGGACAGCAAGAAAUGGAAGGUGAAGAACCUGAAGAAAAUGUUCAAGAGAAUGAACCAUUAGAUAGUCAAAAAGGAUCCCAAGAAAAGGAAGGCGAAGGAUCUGAAGAAAAUGAACAAGAAAAUGAACCAUUAGAGAGUCAAGAAGAAACACAAGAGAUGGAAGGCGAUGGCUCAGAAGAAAAUAGUCAAGAAAAUGAACACUCAGAGAGUCAAGAAGGACCGCAAGAAAUGGAAGGCGAAGGAUCUGAAGAAAAUGUUCAAGAAAAUGAACCAUCAGAGAGUCAAGAAGGACAGCAAGAAAUGGAAGGCGAAGGACCUGAAGAAAAUAAUAAAGAAAAUGAACCAUCAGAGAGUCAGGAAGGACCCCAAGAAAUGGAAGAAGGUGAAGGUUCUGAAGAAAAUGUUCAAGAAAAUGAACCAUCAGAUAAUCAAGAAGAACCCCAAGAAACGGAAGGUGAAGUUUCCUCAGAUGAUGUUCAAGAUAAUUGAUGAAGUUGACAACGAACAACCAUGAUAAAGAGAACACAAAGUCAAUGUAAAGAGGGACUUUUCUGACGAGUAAACAUGAAUGUACGAUAAAGAAACCAAAGCAUAAAUUCAAAAUCGAUGCACUAUUACUUUUGUUCUUAUGAAAGGAAAACAAAAUAAAUGUUUUUAUAGAAAUAG